AUGAAGCGGAGCAAGUCCUACACCUGGCUCUCGGGGCUGCUGAGACCGAAGCCCGAGGAGGAGUGGGGCUCCACCUGGGUCACGGCCGAGGUGCUCCAAGAUGACAGCCCUCCUACUACGGAAUUCACACAUUUCAUGCGCCCCAUGGCGGCUUCCAUACGGUCGGAGAACGAUCACUACGAGGAAGAUCACGCUAUUAUAGACCUUAUGAUGUAG